AUGCUCGCCGAGCAGCAUCAGCGACAAAUCGCCAAAAUCGUCUGUGCUCACGGAGCCACCAUUUCGACGACCCGGGCGACACUUGAACGUGCUCCGCUCAGCCUGUUGGCCACCGAUCCCACGGCGACCGUCGUUUCCGAUGCGAAACUCGUUCGGAUUCUUGUCGAGGCGCUCCGCCGGCAAGACAUGAGCAUUAUCGUCUCCGAAUCUUUCGAUCAAUGGGCCAGAUUGGCCGCCGAGGUGAGGCAAAAACAUUGCCGAUGGCAUCUUUGAACUCGAAAUUGAAAAAAAUCAUGUGGAAUUUCCGUUUUAGGCUCUAUGAGCUCCUUCAUCAAAUUUUUGAACAUUUCCACCCCAAUCAGAUUAUCCGAUCCGGAAAUGCCUCGAAAAGUUUCAACGCAAAUCUACGCAGAAUUUUUUUUCAAUUUCCUCUUAAAUUCUGCAUAGAUUCCCGUGAAAAACAUCGACAUUGAUCGUUUUUUAAUCGGCAAACUCCCUCCAACACAUUUCUAGCCCAAAAAAUCCAAAAUCUGCGCAUUUCCAGGCGAAACGUCUCGGACUCAUCUCGUUCGUCGAGGCGGCGUGUCCGUCGACCAUCAGCAUUUCGUGCCACGCGGCGCUCUCCACCGGUCGCAUCAAUCCAGAAGUCACUUUUCGAAAGGUAACCCCGGUAUUUUGAGCAGCGGGAAAAGAGCAAAAAUUGUAUACUCGUCCCCAGUUUGCGUGUGUCGGAAAAGGACGGCGAAAAAGGGAAAAGGAAUAGACAAAACAGCGGCGAAAACACAUGACAUGCACACUUUUCUCUUCUUUUUACCCAGCUAUUAUCGGUUAUAAAUGUGUGUGUGUGUGUGUGUGACACCAUUCAAACUGGAAGAGCUCCUUCUUUUUCUUCUUCUCCCCUUUCUCUUUUAUAAAUGAGCAUAAGAGCGAGACGACGGCGCGCCGCCACCGCGAGCUGUCAUAAAAUGGCAAAAAGGGAUGGAAGCAGAAGAAGAAGAAGAAGAAGAAGAAGAAGAAGAGGAGGGAAAAGUGGUGUGUUUUUGCAGGUUCUCCGAAUUGUCGUUUCCGGAAAAGUGAUCAUGUGUCGAGCAGUUUUCGGCGAUUCGCUCAACGAGUGUCGCGACGGCGGAGGCACCGAUUUCGAAAUGGAUCGAUACACUUCCAGGUGCUUAUUUAUGAAUUUUAGGCUUGGUUUGAAGAAUGCUCAGUGAAAAUGUCAGCCCAAUUGAGAAAAAACUGAUCUGGGCAUGUAUUUAAAUAGGUCAGAUACUCCAAUCAGGUUGAACUUUUCUUCACCAAGCAUACUUCAAGCCAAGACUAGUACUCGUGCAAAGUUAGGAUCUGAUCGGACAUUCUACAAUAUCAUUCGGGUCAAAAUCCUGACUCCAGAAAACCGGUUUCAACCAAACUUUGAGCCCCAAGCUGAAUCUAACAACGUUCUCGCAGAAAAUGAUCACACAAAUCGUCGAUUACAGGUUCUUUCUGAAGCACAGCAAUCUCGAGAAGGCGUUCGAUCAGCUCGCCUCGUCCGGCUAUCGGCUCAUCCAUUCGAACACGUUUGCGCCGUCGCAAAUGCCAAAACACGCGUCAAAGGACGACUCGCAAUUCAUUCACCACUCGCAAUUCGUUUUUCAUCGUCAGCCCAAGGUACCGGGGUUCUUUUAUUGUGGCGGACUGGGCGCGCUUUUUGUGCACUGCGCGGAAAAGCUUUUACCUCCCUCCUCUUCCCAUUCUUUUCAAAUCGAAUCAGAGUUUUCGGGUGCGGAAGCUCUUUUCAGUGGAACACAAGCAAACCUUUUAGGGGGACGCUGUGAGAGCUCCAAAAGCUCCUAAAAGCUUGUCGCAAUCUUUUAUAAUUAUGGGAGAAAAUGCGCAUUUCCGGCGGCGUCUUCCGGAAUGCAAACUUUUGCGAGCAAACAUUCGCUCUCCAGAGGCCCACUUUCACUCGGGGAAAAGUGAUACGUCUUCAAUUUCUCGGCCGUCUUUUUCUCUUCGCCAAAAAAAAAAAAAGAAAGAAAAGAAUUCGCAUUCAGCACUUGUGUGAUCGAAUUAGCGUGACGAAUGAAUGAAAAGACGGCCGGAUGAGCCGAAAUGGGAGAAAAGAAGAAGAAUGGAGUGGAAUGGCGGCUAACGAGGACGGAAAUCCGCGCAGCUUUGUGCACUUUUCCCCCUCAAAAUCAGCUGAACAAGUUGGGAACGCAACGCUGAAAAUGAAAAUGUCAAAAUUAAUUGGAAACUACAACAAAUCCGUUGAACUUUAACAAAAUCAUCUCGAAAAUGUCAGCAAUCCACCAAUCUCAACCCAAAAAUGCCAAAAGCUUAAAAGAUGAAGAAAAUCUAAUUUUACCCAUACAAAGCGCGUCAAUGUGUCGCCCAAUGCACAUAAUUCCCGUAUUUCUCGGCUGAGACACACAAAAAACGUCCAAUUUUUCAGUUGUCGCCACCGGAGAGCAACGUCAUCGCCGCCGGCGCCGCCCCGAGCUAA